CGGAGCCACGCCCCUCGGGAGGUGCUCUGGAGCCGCGGGCUGGAGACUGCGCGGGAGGCUACAGUGGCCUCAAACUCAGUCUUUAGCUGAAGAUGACCUUGAACUCCUGAACCUGGCUUCAGCUCCUAAAUGCUGGGAUUUCGGUGACCACGUGUUGCUUUCUUCUUCAGAACAGGCUGCAGGAGGGAUUGUGAAAGGUCACUUGAUGAAAAUACGGUGGUGAAGUCAAGGUACUCCGGGAGACUUUAAAACCGGUUUGGUGGGACUGCAGCCAAGCAGAAGGUGAGAUCAAGUUGCUUACCUCCUCGAGCUUCUGCUUGAAGCUCCCUGCCUCCUGGAGCCAUCCCGUUGAGUCCAGUCAAGCACCUCCUGGAGCUGAGCAAAUAGUGAUUAUGAAGGCGCUACGAACAUCUGUAAGGAGUCAUAAAAAGCAACCAGCCAACCACAAGAGAAGGGGAAAACCUGCCAGUGGCAGCAGCCCAGCCAAGCCUUCUGCCCCUGAUGGCCUGGCCAAGCAGAAGGGAAAAGAAUUACUGCAGGCCUCUGUCUCCCGGUAUCAUCUCUUCAGAGACAUGGCCGAUGUCGUGACUUUCCGAAGGAACUUGCUCAGCUGGUAUGACCAAGAGAAGCGAGACCUACCUUGGAGAAGAUGGGUAGAGGAGGAGGCCAACUUGGACAGGCGGGCCUACGCUGUGUGGGUGUCAGAGGUUAUGCUGCAGCAGACCCAAGUUGCCACGGUGAUUGACUAUUAUACCCGAUGGAUGCAGAAGUGGCCAACACUCCAAGACCUGGCCAGUGCUUCCCUGGAGGAGGUGAACCAGCUUUGGUCUGGCCUGGGCUACUAUUCUCGAGGCCGUCGGCUGCAGGAGGGAGCUAGGAAGGUGGUAGAGGAGCUGGGUGGCCAUAUGCCACGUACAGCAGAAACACUUCAGCAGCUCCUGCCUGGCGUGGGGCGGUACACAGCUGGAGCCGUUGCUUCCAUUGCUUUUGGCCAGGUAACUGGUGUGGUGGAUGGGAAUGUUUUACGGGUGCUGUGCCGUGUCCGCGCCAUCGGUGCAGAUCCCACGAGCACCUUUGUCUCUCAUCACCUCUGGAACCUAGCUGAGCAGCUAGUUGAUCCUGUUCGGCCUGGGGACUUCAAUCAAGCAGCCAUGGAGCUGGGGGCCACAGUGUGUACCCCACAGCGCCCUCUCUGCAGCCAUUGCCCUGUGCAGAGCUUAUGCCAGGCACACCAGAGGGUGGAGCGGGAACAGCUCUCUGCUUCUCCAGGCAGUCCUGACAUAGAAGAGUGUGCUCUCAACACUAGACAGUGCCAGCUUUGCCUCCCUCCCACAAAGCCCUGGGACCCCACCCUGGGAGUGGCCAACUUUCCUCAAAAGGCCAACCGAAGGCCUCCCAGGGAGGAGUACUCUGCCACCUGUGUUCUGGAGCAGCUGAGAGCCAAUGGGGGUCCCCUAAUCCUGCUGGUGCAAAGACCGAAAUCAGGUCUGCUGGCAGGACUGUGGGAGUUCCCAUCUGUCGCCCUGGAGCCCUCGGAGCAGCGUCAGCAGAGGGCCCUUCUGCAGGAACUGCAGAGCUGGUCUGGACCCCUCCCCGCCACUCAGCUCCAGCACCUGGGAGAGGUGGUCCACAUCUUCUCUCACAUCAAACUGACAUAUCAAGUGUACACUCUGGCCCUAGAAGGACAGACCCCAGUGACCACUGCAUCUCCUGGCGCUCGAUGGUUGACCCGGGAAGAAUUCCACAAUGCUGCUGUCUCUACUGCCAUGAAAAAGGUGUUCCGCAUGUAUGAGGGCCACCGGCAAGGGACCUGCAGGGGUUCUAAAAGGUCACAGGUGUCUCCUCCAUCACGCAGGAAAAAACUGAGCCGGGGCCAGCAAGUCUUGGAUAGCUUCUUACAGCCUCAUAUCCGCACAGACACACCCGAAAAUACUGCCCAGUGAUACCCUGGGAUCCCCACCCCAAACCCAGUCUAAUAAAAUGCUUGUUUUUGUAGUGCCUUUGGAGAACUUUUCCACACUUUCUCU